AUUAACUUAAGUACCCUUUUACAUUACAAGGGUGUCAUAUUUCCAGACGCUAAGUAAUCAGUAUAUACUAUAUCCUUAGGUGAAUGAUAAAAAUGAAAUUUUUAGUAAUUGGAGGACCCCUUAUAUUGGGUAUUUUAGCAGCUGUUCAAUCAACCCUCGCUGCUACUUGCACCAUUACAUCGUACAAUGAAGACCUCAUUAAAGAUGCUGAAAAGAACUGCGCCACAAUCACAUUAAAUGGAUUAAGCGUUCCGGCCGGCGUAACUUUAGAUUUAAAUUUGAAUGAAGGCGCAAAACUCAUCUUCCAAGGAACAACAACAUGGGAAUUCUUCGAAUGGGAUGGUCCACUAGUUAAUAUCACUGGUACAAAUGUUGAAAUCAGCGGUGCCCCUGACCACUUGUUGGACGUAAGAGGAAACUUAUGGUGGGAUGGUAAAGGAGAAGAUGGAGACAUAAUCAAACCGGUAUCUUUCGUAGUACACGGACUACAAAAUUCCAUAAUUCGUGACAUAAAUAUCAAAAAUCCGUCUUUCCACGCUAUAUGGAUUGAAAAAAGCGAUGGAGUUCUAGCACAGGAUGUCUACGUAGACAGCAUAGAUGGAGAUACAUUGGGUGGUAAAAACACAGACGGGUUCAACGUAUGGACAUCCAAUAAUGUCACAAUUCAACGUAUUAGAGUUUACAAUCAAGACGAUUGCGUUGCCAUUAAAUCUGGUACCAAUGUUGUGGUUAAGGACUGCUACUGUUCUGGUGGUCAUGGUGUGUCAGUUGGUUCUGUAGGUGGCAGAGUUUAUAACAUUGUUGAAAAUGUAUCACUGUCAAACAUAGACGUUGUAAACUCAGACAAUGGACUCAGGAUUAAAACAAAUUAUGGGACUACUGGAUCAGUUACCAAUGUUACAUACGAAAAUGUUACAUUAAAGGAUAUAAACAAAUUCGGUAUUAGAAUUCAUGGUGAUUAUGGUAACCACAGUGCCGGUGCCACUGGUGGUGUCCCGAUUAAGGAAUUUACGUUGAAAAAUAUUUCUGGCACUGUUAAAGAGACUGGUACUAAUGUAUACAUACAGGUAAAGAAUGCUUCCGACUGGCAUUGGACUGAAGUUAAUAUAACUGGUGGAAAAGUAAUUCAGGAAUGCUAUGGUAUUCCAGAAGACAGUGGAAUUACUUGCUGUUAAGUCAAUACUGUACACAUAUACAGGGUGAAAAUAAAUAAGUGCGAAAAAAUUCAAUAUUACAUGUGGAAAAAUAUGGUGCGUCCUUCAUAUAAAAAAAUCUGAUUUGAACGUCCCCUGUGAAAAUACAACCGCUUAAAGACGGCGCCAAAAAAGUAGUUUUUAUUUUUUUUUCUGAAAUACCAAAUAAGUAAACAUUUUUUGCUACCGAGAAGGCACUCAGUAAACAAUUAAACUUAAUUAUUAUAUAUGCAAAACAGUGGAAACUUAAUUAUUAUAAUUAAUGCAACUCUCUACAUUAGAGUACACUUCAUUUUGAUGAAUUUGCACAGAAUUAUUCAAAACGAUCACAGUGUAUCAGUAAAGAACAACUGCAAUCUUACUAACAACAAUUAAGUUGCCAUUACAAAAUGUCAACGUGACAAUCGCCUACUAGAUAAAUUCAGUUCGAUAAAAUUUCUACCUUAUGCUAAUCAUACCAUGUAGGUACCUAAUAGAUUUUACAUAAAUUUUUAGGCCAGAAAUCGUAAAUUUUACGAAAAAGUUACAAGAAAUCUAUUUUGUUUAGAAAAAAUCAGGCUAUAUGAAUUAAAUGGUAAAGUAGUAAUAAGAAAAAAACGAGUAAGUAUAAAGUAAUUCUGAAGGGUGGCUUUGCAACCGUAGGGGGAAAUCAACAAAUUUCCGCCACUUUUUUGGUAUUUCAGAAAAAAAAUAACUGAUAAGUACCCUAUUUUUGAACAGAGAAUCACCCCUUGAAUUUUUUCGCACUUAUUGAUUUACAUCCUGUAUAUCUUAGUAGUUUCUCAUUUUCUUAAACUCAUUAAUAAAAAAUUAAUAAAAUGUA